AUGGCCGCCGCCGCCUCCUCCACCGUCUCCGGCCUCGCCGGCGCCGCGCUCGCCCGCCGGCCAGCCUUCUCUACCAGCUUCACGAGUGGCGGCCGGGUGUCGGCGAGGAACCCGCUGAUGACAAGGAACCUGGAGAGGAACGGCAGGAUCACCUGCAUGACGUUCCCGCGGGACUGGCUGCGGAGGGACCUGAACGUGAUCGGGUUCGGGCUGAUCGGGUGGCUGGCGCCGUCGAGCAUCCCGCUGAUCAACGGCAACAGCCUGACGGGGCUCUUCUUCUCCAGCAUCGGCGAGGAGCUCGCCCACUUCCCCUCGCCCCCGGCUCUCCAGUCGCAGUUCUGGCUGUGGUUGGUGACGUGGCACCUGGGUCUGUUCAUCGCGCUCACCUUCGGCCAGAUCGGGUUCAAGGGCAGGACCGAGGACUACUUCCAGAAGUAG